AUGUUAUCGCGUGUGGGGAUACGACCUGUUCGUGGGUUACUCGUUGUUGGAGUAGCAGCUCCGGUUGUCCGGCUAACUGCCACUCGAAACUACAGUGAACAGCAACACCGGAACCGGCCCUUUAGUAUUAAUGAAAAGGCCCUAGUAGAACAACGGAAACGGGAUUUGGAAAAGGCUAAAUUGGACUCGAUGCCCAAAUGGAGACAAUGGGCCGUAUAUUUCCAAAGUAAGGAGUUCAAAAAGUCCAUGACUUUCUAUUAUCUUUCCGGGUUUGCCAUUGUGUUGGUAUGUUUCUACUACUAUAUGCGGGAUCGAUACUACGAAGACAAGCAGAUGGACCAUAUUAGGGCGAAGUACGCCAAAGAUCCCGAGAGUUUAAGUGAAUAUGAGUAUCUAAAGCUAAAGGCAUUAAGUGGGGAACGGUUGAAGGCGAAGGAAGACAAGAAGUUCAAGUUGUACCAGAUGAUGCGUAAAGAGUUUAGACGGAAGAACAUAUUGGAGUACGACAUUAUGUUUGAGCCCACUCCACAAGAUUUGGAGGAGUGGUACAGCAGACAGGCGAGAAUCUAUGUCAACAAGGCUCCAGUGGAGGAUAACGUUGAGGAGAAGAACGAGAACGAGAACGAGAAGGUUAAGAAGUUGGGGAACAAUGAAAACCCUCACGUGAUGCCUCCUGAAGAUACGACAGGGUUUUACGAAAGUAAGGCAGAAGAAUACGACGACGCAGUCAAAUGGGAAGAAAGAGGUAUUCUUAUGGGCAGAAGAAGAAAGUGGCUUAUGGAACAAUUACAUGGAGAUGUUCUUGAGGUUGCUUGUGGUACAGGACGGAAUUUAAAGUAUCUUAACCUUAAGAACAUCGAUCUGAUAACCUUCUUGGACAGCUCCGAGAAGAUGGUGGCCAUUACUCAGCAAAAGUUUAGAGAAAUGUUUGGUAAGUAUCCAAGAGUCGCGUUUACUGUUGGUAAGGCUGAAGAUUUGGUAACCUUAGCUGGUAGCUCUUCGGUGAAAUACGAUACCAUUGUGGAAGCCUUUGGAUUAUGUGCACAUGAAGAUCCCGUUGCUGCCCUUAAGAACAUGACGACACUUUUGAAGCCUGGCGGAAGAAUUGUCUUGUUAGAACAUGGCAGAGGGAACUACGACAUGAUUAACAAUCAUUUGGACUUCAGAAGUGAUAAAAGAAUGAAGACAUGGGCAUGUCGGUGGAACUUAGACAUUGGAGAGUUAAUUGAUGAUGCUGGUUUAGAUGUUACUUUUGAAAAAAGAGUUCAUUUCGGCACUACUUGGAUGAUGGUUUGUAAGCGACCAGAAGAUCCAAUUGCUUUGGAAGAGAAGCCAUUUUUUGAUCAGCUUUUUGGUAGAGAUUAUACUCCUAUCAAACUGAAGAAGAAAGAUUAG